AUGGCACUUAUCGGGAACCUGUCAAGUGAGUUAACCAAUAAGAAAUUUGAUUGGUCUCGACCAAUUCGUGAUCAUGUGACAGAAAUGGCUAAUCUGGUAGCAAAGUUGAAUUCCAUGGGAAUGCAAAUGAGUGAGUCCUUUCUAGUACAAUUUAUUUUGAACUCUCUUCCUACUGAAUUUGGCCAGUUUCAAGUGAACUAUAACGCUCUUAAGGAAAAAUGGAAUUUUCAAGAAAUUAAGGCCAUGUUAAAUCAAGAGAAAUGGAGAUUAAAGAAAAUGAAGGAGAACUCAAUUCAUCUCAUGACUCAUGAUGGAGCCAGUACCAGUAAGAGUAAAUCGGGUAAAAAGGACAAGGAAAUAAAGGUCAAAGAGGGAGGAGUCCAUAAAGAGAAGAAGUGCUACUUCUAA